UUACACCAAUUCAAGUAACUCAAGUCUUUUACGCGUAAAUAAUGUUACGUUCUUCGAGGCAACAACAAGCCAUAGAAGGCAAAGAAAACGCAGUAACCAUAAAUAUCACCAAAAGUUCUCAGACGGCAAAAACGCAAGGUGGUAAUGCUUUAAGAGACCUUACCAAUAAAACACCACAUUUGAAGACAGUCAAAUUUGGGGAUGUGGACAGAAAGAAAGUUGAAAAGAAGAAAAUGAAAGCAAAAAAAAUGCAUGAUGAUGAUGAUGUUCCGGAUAUUGAAUAUUGUCCUCCAUCCAUAGAAGAGCCACCGUUUGAACCAGAUGACGAAGAUCUUAAGAUUAAUUUCGAAUUUUUCAAACAUCCACUCAACUUUGACGUGUACGAGUUUGAAAAUAUUAUCUAUGAAGAACCACCAAUGCCAAAGAUUGAUGAAAAGGAUUUAUGUUAUAGAAAAAACAUGACUGAAGAAGAAUUAUUUGGUUUUGACAAAUUGUUUAUUAAUGACAUUAUUUAAAUG